AUGGCCUUUCGCUCUGGCCCAUUCGCACCUGGCGUCGCUUUCAUCACGGGAGGCGCCCGUGGAAUUGGAAAUGCCAUCGGCGUCUCGUUCGCGAAAGACGGCGCUCGGGGUGUGGUACUCGUGGACAUUCAAGACGAAGAGACGUUCGCGGAGGGAAAGAAGAACGUGGAAGCGUACGGCGCAAAGGUCCUGACCAUCCGUGCCGACGUCACCAUAGAGGCCGAGGUCGAGCGAGCCGUGGCCGAAGCAGUCAAGGAAUUCGGCCGCAUUGAUUAUGCCGCAAAUUUCGCCGGUAUCGUCGGCCCUCUGGAUGCCAGCUGGAAUCUGGACCUCACGGAGUGGAAAAAAGUCAUCGAGGUUAACGUCGUGGGUGUCUGGCUGUGCACGAAGCACCAGCUGAAGCAGAUGCUCACACAGGACUCACUCGACGUUGAAGAUGGCCGAACGCUCCAGCGUGGUUCCAUCGUCAACUGCGCCUCGGUUGCCUCGCUCCACGGCGAGGCUGGAGUGACGCCCUACACCGCCUCCAAACACGCCGUCGUGGGCCUCACAAGAUCCGCCGCGCUCGAGGCCCGCGGACACGGAAUUCGCGUCAAUGCGCUUUCGCCCGGUUUCAUUCGAACCCGAAUGCAAGAUUCCUUCAUGGGCGGUGCUGAGGGUAACGCCGUGCCCGAGGCCGCGCAGAAGUCCUGGGAGCUGUACCAUGCCCGACAAGGCCGAGCGGCCACCCCGAGCGAGAUUGGCGACGCCGUAGUAUGUCUGAGUUCGCCCAGAAUGAGCCUCGUCGUGGCUCAUAAUCUGGUCGUUGACAAGUGA